AUGACCCUGCCAUUGAAGGUAUUCCGUCGGCGCUCUACCUUUCUACGGCCGUAUAGAAGAGCUAAGUGCUCCAUCUCUACUUCUUCGCGUUUUCUUCGCAUUUCGGAAGAAGUUCAGCAAGCCAUAGCCGAGAAGCGGCCAGUCGUCGCUCUCGAAUCCACUAUCUAUACCCAUGGCUUCCCAUAUCCUGACAAUCUGUCCCUUGCCUCUCGACUAGAGAGCCUUGUCCGUAUCAAUGGUGGUGUCCCGGCGACAAUUGGUAUUCUGGAUGGCAUCGCUCGUGUCGGCCUUGGCGCCGACGAGCUGUUCCGACUGGUGUCUUCAGCCGGGCAGUCUUCUACCCUCAAGGUUUCCAGGCGGGAUUUGGGUUUCGCUUGCGGGCUUUCAACGUUGGAAGGCAAACCGCUCAGUGGAGGGACGACCGUAGCAGGCACCAUGAUCCUGGCCCACAUGGCCGGGAUCCGCGUCUUUGCUACAGGAGGACUGGGCGGUGUCCAUAGAGGCGCUGAACAGACCAUGGACGUCUCUGCUGAUCUGACUGAGCUUGGCCGGACACCUAUUGCCGUUAUUAGCUCAGGCUGUAAAUCUUUCCUCGACCUCCGACUGACCCUUGAGUAUCUUGAGACGCAGGGUGUUGCUGUUGCCACCUUCGCUGACGGACGACAAGGUGCUGUGGACUUCCCUGCCUUCUGGAGCCGAGAUAGCGGUGUGCGAUCUCCGGCUGUUGUUUGUGAUGAGGCGGAGGCGGCGAGAGUAGUACAUGCCCAUCUCUCUCUUGGACUACAUUCUGGCUUGCACUUCGCGAACCCGAUCCCUGUAGCAUAUUCUAUUCCGUAUCAACAGAUGGAGACUACGAUUACUCAGGCUCUCGAAGAGGCACGCGUAGCGGGUGCUACUGGCGCUGCUUCUACGCCAUACAUCCUAGCUAAGAUUAAGGAGCUCACAGGUAGCAAGAGCGUCGAGGCUAACAGAGCUCUUGUGGAAGCCAACGUUGUCCGAGGUGCCAAAGUUGCCGUUGAGCUUGCAAAGCUCGGAAGCGAAGAGGAACGGCGAGGCGUUUUGAACACUGGGUACACCAAUAGCGCUCGCAGCGACAGACAGGCUACGAGCUCGAGUCUCAGCGAGCAUGGAUAUGAUCAAAUGGCCACUACUUCGUCUCCUGUCACCGGACCGAGGACUGACGGUGAUGUCGCCACGGAUGAGCGGGCAGACAUUAUCGUAGCGGGCAGCUUAAACGUCGAUUUUGCGUGCGACUUCUUGCCGCCCACAAAUUCCACCAACCGAACUCCAGAAUCUGCGACCUCUAAUCCAGCCAUAAUCAGCCAGUCGCUAGGCGGCGUGGGCCACAAUGUUGCCAGAGCGGCACAUCUCAUGGGUGGCAGAGUCCGGUUGUGUAGCGCCGUUGGCGACGACCUAUCGGGCAAAGCAACACAUGACUCCCUAACAGCGAGUGGGCUCUCUCCAGCCGCCGUGAUGAUUAUGCCAAGUAGUACUGGCCUGCGUACGUCACAAUAUAUUGCCGUCAACGAUGCGGAGAGGGAUCUGGUGCUCGCCAUGGCGGAUGUAAGCAUACUGGAUGACGCCGCUGGCGAUGACGCGAUUAACGAGGCGUUCGACGAGCUGUGGCAGCCGCAAUUGUCCAUGACGAAUGCAUGUCAACUCGUUGUUGAUGCCAACUGGUCGGCUAAGCAUCUUGUUAGGUGGCUUCAGGUCGGCAAAAAGUAUGGCCUGCGUGUCACCUUUGAGCCCGUUAGCAAUCUGAAAGGUGCCCGUCUAUUUCAGCUGCCAAAACCGCACAGCCUCUCCGUCUUCCCAAUGGCCUCAGUCCACCUUACUACCCCCAAUGCAUACGAGCUAACAGCGAUGUAUCACGCUGCGCGAGCCUCGGGCGCCUUUGACCGGCAGGACUGGUGGUCCGUUAUCGACGCUCUGGGCAUUCCUUCUUCUGGUGCCCGCACGGCGAUGGCACUUGCCACCACGAGCGAGCUGGUUGAUCGCGGUAUACCGCAGCAAAGUAUCCAGCUGUUACCGUUCAUCCCUUGCAUUUGCACGAAGCUGGGUGCCGAAGGCGUGUUGCUCACCCAGCUCCUCCCUGCCGGCGAUGCUCGUCUUACCUCCGGGCAAUAUGCGCCGCACAUCCUAUCGCGCUGCGUCAACGGGACAGAGGAGAGUCUUGGGGUGGGAGGAGUUUAUAUGCGUCUCUUCUCGCCUGCGGAGAUCGUGGAUAACGAGGAUGUGGUAAGUGUCAAUGGCGUGGGCGAUACGUUUGCUGGGACGCUUGUGGCGGGUUUGGCCACAAGAGGGAAGGAUACGCCAAUCGAGGAGCUUAUCGAUCUGGCUCAGAGGGCGGCGGUGUUGACGCUGAAGAGUAAGGAAAGCGUUGCAACGGGGUUGGGCACGCUGAGUAUGUUGCUGUGA